AUGGCGGCGCCUCCUGCACCAGUGCCGGUGCAGUGCUUCGGCCGCAAGAAAUCGGCCGUGGCGGUGGCUUACGCUCGUCCUGGAAAGGGCCUUGUCAAGCUCAAUGCGUUCUCCGCAGCGCAGCGCGACGACGGCAGUGCAGCGCACUACGCAGCGAACAGCCACUGUUCGGCUUUUCGGGGUUACGGACGGCCGUCGUGGCAGUCGUUCCACCUGCAACAGCAGCAGCAGCAGCAGCAGCAGCAGCAGCCGCAGCGCUGGCCAGUGGGCGCAGCAGCAGCUGCGGGCGCAGCGGCCCCACUGCGACGCAUCCCCCUUGAGCUGGUGCAGCCCGAGGCGCUGCGCUACAAGGCCUUUGAGCCGCUGCUGCUGCUGGGCAAGUCCCGCUGGGGCUUCCUCGACAUCCGGCUGCGCGUGAAGGGCGGCGGCCACGUUAGCCAGAUCUAUGCGAUCAGGCAGGCGAUCUCCAAGGCGGUGGUGGCGUACUACCAGAAGAACGUGGACGAGCAGACCAAGGGGCAGGUGAAGGACGUACUGCUGCAGUACGACCGCACCCUGCUGGUGGCCGACCCCCGCCGCGCAGAGCCCAAGAAGUUCGGCGGCCGCGGCGCGCGCGCCCGUUUCCAGAAGUCGUACCGCUAA